CAAUCCGCGUCAUGUGACACGUGGAGGACGGAUCGUGGAUGACAGGGGGGACCCGGAGCAGGAGUCCGGCCGGGACCUUCUCAUAUCCAGUCCAUGGCCGGGAGCAGGCUGCGCUCUCCGGGUGAAUGGGAGUGGCUCAGUUAACACCGGCAGCCAGUGAGCGGAACACUUGUGAUCCGUGUCACGGAGCCGCUGCCGCCGCUGAGCCGCCGGCGUCCACCGGGAAGCUGCCGCCGCCGAGCUGGGGACGGUCCCGGGCUGAGUCUCCACAAUGAGCCGGGCUCCACACAGCAACCGGCCGCUCCGCACUUGACGCACACCGGGCUACCGAGGCGCUCGGUGACAUUUUGAACGGGGAGUAUUUUUUUUUUUUUGACACCCUCCCUCCUGAAGGACGAAUGACAGCGGCUCACCCCGUGAUUUCAUCCCGCUAAAAGCUCCGGAGAGGACCGACAGUUUCCUCAUGGCGUCCCCUCAGCAGUCCAGGAUCCAGUCGUACCUGGAGAGGAACAAGAUCGGACCCUUGUUCGAGGAGUUGAUGACCAAAUUGAUAACUGAGACCCCAGACCAUCCAAUCCCUUUUCUCAUUGAUCACCUGCAGACCAAGCAAGGCAGCCCCGGCAAGCUGCACAGAGCUCUCUCUGGCUCCGCAGCAUUGUGGGCACAGAGCUCCCCAGAAAGCAAAAACCCUCGAAGGGAGUACAGCAGCUAUGAGAAGCCAUGGCAAAUUCACCCAAAGAAACCCAAGAAAUCCAAGAGCGACCUGGCCAUGUCGAGUAUCUCUCCUCCUUCACCAGAAUCAAAGUCUCUGCCGCGGUCAGUCGAGUGCCCCGCCUGGGACUGGAGGGAGAGUCGGGACUUUGACGAGCUCAGCCACAUCUUGCAGGAGAGCAAGAAGCUGGGCAAGGCCCUGGAGAGCCUGUCCCGCAGCAUUGCCAUCUCUGAUGAGCUCGACCAGAACUUGGGAGGUUAUAACUCAGUGUUGCGCCCCCGUGUGGUGGGGGAGUGGGUUGGUCGAGAGGAAGAGGACGCAGACCCACUUGCUGCGGAAAUGCUGCACCCCCCUGUCCCUCGGACCAAAACUGAAGUUUGCUGGAGUGGAGACAGCAGUCCUGCUGGGAGCCUCAAGAUGGAAACAAAGAGCAAAGGGCUGAAGGAGCAGCAGCAGCACCAUAAGAAGCUCCUGGCAGCCAUGUUGUCCCAGGACUCGUUUGACUCGGUUCACAGUCCGGCCCCCUCUGUUGCAGAGGAAGAGAUGGAGGAUGAGGACGAUGCCAUGGAGCUUCUGGAGGACCUGGAUGACCUGAGGAUGGAGGGCGUGACAGGCUUGGCUCCAUCCGGCAGUAAAUUCAGCCAGGGACGCAGCUCCUAUCAGGUCGAACCGCAGGCCAAAGUUACACUCAACAUUUGCUCUAGGUGUGCCAGGUUGCAGGGGGACAGUCUAUCGGACAGCAGAUCUGAAGAGGAGCACAGGACUCGCAUAUCUGAACAAGCUGUACCUGACAUCUCCUCUCCAUUGCCCGGUAUGGACACGGUGGCAGGACGGUUGCAGGAAUGCGAGGCCGCGUCUCAAGUAUCAGGCUCUCGUCAGGCUGUCUGGGAGGCUGAUCUGAAGGCUGUGAGAGGUGGGACCUCUGUCGGGCAGACGGGCCCGCUACUGGGAGACGCCCUCUUUUCCAAGGAGCUGGAGAACAUGGGCAAACAGCUCGCUGAGGUUGAGAAGGAUCUGGCCAAACUGGCAGAAGUGGGGAAGAUGACCAACUGGAGCUCGAAUAACCUGCACAGUAGUCUGCUCCACACCCCUCUGCGCCACAGAACACUGCCUGACACGCUUCCUCUCCACAGUCUCGUCUCCAGGCCACAGUCUCCCGCCAGCAGCCUCUCGGGCAAGCCCUGUGGCGUAGGUCUCCCUUUGCUCAGCCCCAAGCCCACCUCCCUGGUCAUGGGUCGGACUCAAUCUCCCAGCAACCCUGGGAGCAGGACUCAAACCCCCAGAACGCCCAGCAGGCCUCUGACCCCAAAUAGUUUACUGACACGCUCCACCUUUAACACCGGAUCUCAUAAAGAGGUGACCUUCAGGAGGUCACGGAGCCGCCCUGUGACGCCAACGAGUCAGCCCAUACAUCCCCGACCGCUGCUCACCCCUCCAGGACUAAGCACGACAGACAGCCUCGGUGCCAGCCUCCGGGCCUAUCUGUCUGAGGAUGAGUUUUACCAGCAGUUACAGGCCAUCAGACAGCCCUGGCACAUCCCCAGUGACACAGACAGUGACAUCCUGGAGCCUCCUGAACAGGAUAACAGUGGUGCCCGAGAUGCCAGUAAAAGAUCUGUGUUUUCAGGUGAGAUUCUGAACAGUUAGAGGCGUCACAGCCUGAGAUCCGCAGAGACAGAUUCACCUCAUGAUGUGCUGCGUCCCACGAUCCUCCAAGACCGGCUCCAGUCUGACUUCUGUCACUGUAAGCAACUGCCUCAAACUGAGUGUGUCAGUGUCUGUCAGUGACCUCAUUUGUAGCCACAACACGUUACCCAAAUAACUACCAAUGGGUGACUGACCGUGGAGGCCCACGCCUUCAUUUAUGGUCCAUUCAAUUACCGUCACAGACUAAAUGGAGGGCACGGUGGCUCUGAUACGUGAUUGGUAGAGCUUGCCCAUGUGUGGAGACAUGAACACCGUUGCCCAGUUCCAUUAAGUCACUCGGGCUCUGAGUUUACACGCAGCAGACAGUGUCAAACUCUCAGCGUCAACAUUUGGGAGAAGGAGAAAGUCUGUCUGGUUUGAGGUUGUCUGCGGUUCUCCUUCUUGUGGCUCCGGAGGUGCCCACAGCUCCCAGUGUCAGUGUGCCAGUCUGGAGGGAGAUCUGAGAGCAGGCUGCUGCUGCUGCUGCUUGGCUAUCGGAGAGGCCAGAGCAUUGCCAUGGUAACCAAAACUCAAAGCUCGCUGCUUGAGUCACCCCAAUCACCGCUCUCCCAGAACUUAUGAAAUACGGUCGUUGGAACCUCGACUGGGCAGCAGCAGGCCUCAUUUUCCACCUCAUGUUUGCACUGUGACAUGUUUAAAUAUUCAAUGGCUGUUUCAUAGUAAUUGCCCCAGUUAUUAUUCUUAUUAGCGGUUCAAUGUGUCUGAUUUUUGGUUUCUAGGAGACUGAUGUUUUUGUCUCUCAUUUUUCACAGGCCUAUAGUGACGGAAGACCAGGGACAUUGAUCCAAUCAAACUAUUAUGCAAACCACUGGACAUUUUGAAUAUGUGUAUAGAGACGAUUAUUUUUGUAAUUCACACGAAUGAGAAAAAAGAUUGUAUACUUUUUUUCACAGAUAUUUCAUAGACAUUGUACUGUAACUGUAUGAUAAAAAAAGUGAAAAUAUGACUUCAGAGUAUGAAAUACAACAUUUAUUUUUGUUUGCUCUAUAGCAUGCUAUUGAACCUCCGUGUGGAGUGUAGAAACAGAUGCAUUUUGUUGUUGACAGAUUCUUUUUCCUGGCCUAGUGCAUAUUCACACUGUGAGGGCAGCACAGCCGUGUUAGGAAAACAUUUAUCGAUACGCACUGUUAAAAGAUGUAGUGAUUUCCAAAUAAUACGCAAGUCGUAGAAGGAACACAAGGAAUGCUGUUAUCUUCAUUAAAAUGAUUUGGUGCACAUGUC